AGGAAGAUUGUUUAAUUUGUCGUCACCUUGCUAUCCUUAUUGCCAUGGAAUAUUAUAUUUGGUAAUCCGAUCAGAAGCCAAGAAGACGAGCGAGGAGAGGAGAGGAGGAUAUAGAUAUUAAGGGAGAGAUAUCGAUCCAUGUCUCGGGAGGCUACUGCUUCAGAGGCCGCCAGUACUGAUCCGCUGCUCCACUACAAGUACAACCAUGGCAGCGGCGAGGAGGAUGGAAGGUGGCGCCGGUCCCGGUGGAAUAAGGUGCUGGACGUGGAAGAGGCCAAGAGGCAGGUGCUGUUUUCGCUUCCCAUGAUUCUUACUAGUGUUUCUUACUAUCUCAUCCCGGUCGUCGCCGUCAUGUUCGCCGGCCAUCUCGGAGAGCUUCAGCUCGCCGGAGCCAAUCUCGCCAAUUCUUGGGCCACCGUUAGCGGCUUUGCUUUCAUGAUUGGGCUAAGCGGGGCACUGGAAACACUGUGCGGGCAAGGGUACGGAGCAAAGCUGUACAGAAUGAUGGGCAUAUACCUGCAAGCAUCUUGCAUCAUCUCCUUCUUCUUCAGCAUCCUCAUCUCCCUCUUCUGGUUCUACUCCGAGCCCAUUCUCGUCUUCCUCCGACAAGAUCCUCAAAUCUCCAGAGCCGCCGGGCUCUACCUCAAGUUCCUUAUUCCGGGAGCCUUCGCCCAUGGCUUCUUGCAGAACAUCCUCCGCUUCCUCCAGACCCAAAGCGUUGUUUUUCCACUCCUAAUCUGCUCGCUCCUGCCUCUGCUUCUCCACUUCGGAAUCACCUAUUUUCUGGUUCACUGCACCAGCCUCGGCUUCAAGGGCGCCGCAAUGGCGGUCUCGAUCUCGCUGUGGAUCUCGGUGCUCAUGCUGGCUGUCUACCUGGUUCUUGCGAAGCGGUUUGAGACCACUUGGACUGGGCUUUCUUCCGAGUCGUUCGGCCAUGUUUUCUCCAACUUGAAGCUGGCUCUGCCUUCUGCAGCAAUGGUGUGCUUGGAGUACUGGGCUUUUGAGCUGCUGGUUCUAUUAGCUGGACUAAUGCCUGAUUCAGAAUUAAACACUUCGUUACUUGCAAUGUGUGUGAACACAGAAGCCAUAGCCUACAUGAUCACUUAUGGUCUCAGUGCUGCUGCUAGCACGAGGGUGUCAAAUGAGCUGGGGGCAGGGCAGCCAGAGCUGGCCAAGCGCGCCAUGGGCGUCGCCCUGAAGCUCUCCCUCCUCCUCGCUCUUGCCGUGGUGUUAGCUCUAGGUCUCGGCCAUGACAUCUGGGCUGGCUUCUUCAGUGACAGCUCCAAAAUUAUACAACACUUCGCCUCAUUGACCCCAUUUCUUGUGGUUUCCAUCAUGCUUGAUUCCAUCCAAGGGGUCUUAUCAGGGGUGGCUAGAGGAUGUGGGUGGCAGCACUUGGCAGUGUACAUAAACAUGGGCACAUUCUACUGCCUGGGCAUGCCGAUUGCCAUCCUUCUUGGAUUUAAGCUCAAACUCUAUGCUCAGGGCUUGUGGUUGGGUUUGCUCUGCGGGCUCUCGUGCCAGGCGGGCACCCUUUUUCUGCUUACAAAGCGGGCUAAAUGGAUUGGGGUCAACUUGUGUGACACCACCGACGCCGCCAACAAACAGAACCCUCUUGUUGCGUGAAUGAAUGGCAAGGAGGGAGAUUUGUUUGAAUUGGGCACUCCUCUCUCUCGUUCCCAUUUCGUCCUCUCUGUAUCUUAUUUAACCCCUCGUUUGGGCAACCUAAGAUGGUCUCUAAUUGUUUUAUGGACUUUUUAAUUAGUGAUUUGACCCAAAAAUAAAAUUUCAAUUUCACCCGGGUUAA